CUCUCUCUGUCUGUCUCUCUUUUCUUCCCUCAGUCUCUCCCUGUUUCAGCUGUACCCUAAGAGUGCUUCGCACUGCGGUCCCAGCCACACACAGCCAACCAGUACACCUGGUUCCAGUAGGUCUUACCAGUACAGGCCGUUCCUGACAGGUUCCAACAGGUCUCAGCAGGCCGUCCCUGACACAGCUCGGCAGGCAUGUGGUCCACCUUCUACAUCCACGAUGACGAGGGGAGGACGUCUGGGCCCGGAGGGGUGAACCCUGGACCUGCGGGGGCUCCGGGCCUGAAGAGCGGGGCUCACGGGGGGGCCAAGCGGCGGGCGCGCACCGCCUCGGCGACUGCUUCCAGGGCCGGCAUGAGCGAGAGCCAGGAGGGCAAGAUCAAGCUGGCGUUCUUUGUGGCGGUGGUGGGCAUCGUGCUGGCCGUGCUCGGCGUGGGCACGGAGUUCUGGGCGGAGCUGGCGCCAUCCAAGAGCUUCUCCAGCAACCACACCUGUCUGGUGGCGCACUACGGCCUGUGGAAGAGCUGCGUCAAGUCCCUGUGGGUGGCCGACGUCGACCCAGAAAGGGAGAGCUGCGGCCCCGCGGAUCUGCCGGGAGAAUCUAACUGCACCUUCUUCAAGUUCUUCACCACCGGAGAGAAUGCGGUUCUGUUUCAAAAGACGACGGACAAGAGACUUAGCACGGCGACAGGUCUCAUGGCCAUCUUCAGCCUCUUCCUCAUGUCCAUGGGCGCCAUCUGCAUAACCAUGGCCAUCAGUAAACGCGUGCCCUUCUUCCUGAAGCCCGCCUCCGUCUGCUUCACACUGUCUGGCAUCCUGCUUCUGCUGUCACUCAUUGUUUUCCACCAAUCGGUGCUGGCGUUGUUGGCGAGUGACCACACAGUGCCGCUGCAUCAUGAGCUCUCGUGGUCAGUGAGUUUGUCGGCCUGUGCUGCCACCCUGCUCAUAAUUGGCGGGAUCCUCUUCCUGCUCCAGGCGCUACCCUACAGUCCCUGGCAGAAGUGUAUGUCAAAUAAGGACGCAGAGAGUUAGUACACCUAUUACUACUGACUUUUAUAAAUAUUUUGUACAAUGUCACACUGCAUAUUUCGUUCUACUUGAAGGUGUAUGUGUGGUGUGUGGUAGUUGAAUUACUUGCAUUUUAAGACUUUAUUUUAGCUCAAGUGAUUUUGUAAUUAAUAUGUAAUUGUACAUUCCUUAUAUCUUAUUUGAAUGUUUUAAGCAUUUACAGUAUGUCAGUGUUUGUAACAUGUUGGAUAUGUCUUUUGUACCGUCAUUGCAAGCCCCCCACAGUACAAUAACAGUUUAUUUGAAACCAGGCUUCAUACAGUCUAAAAGAAAACUCACAAUGUUUCACAUAGAUCUCUUUUCUCUUCUCGCACUGUUGGUACAAAACAAAACAAAACAAAACAAAAAAAUCGGUGUUACCAAGAUCGAGCUGCUGCAGUCAACAACUAGAGCAGCCAGGCAGUGCUACUCUCUGGGGGCAUGACUUUAAAAUGGCCUGAGUUCUCCUUUAAGCAAGACUAACAGAAGUGUCGUAAACAUGUUGUAGUCAACGUCAUCUGCUGAUGGCCAAUCAUGAAUGGUCUUUAAAUGUACAUGUUAUUGUCACAUAGCUGUCAUAGUACAACAUGUCAUGACUGGUGUAUGGUGAUAUUAUACUGAUACACCAUUAGACAUUUACUAUUACAUGUUUGACAUCUGUCAUUACAAGAGCAUGACAUGGUUAUGUUGUCCUAUAAACCAGGGUUCAAGUUUAGUGUCCUUACCAUGUGUCCUUAGCAGUAUCCUUACCAUGAGGUAACCUCGCAAUUCAAUUUGUGACACUUUAUAGCUUUGCUUAUGCUAAACAAUGUUUUAUUGUAUGGUUCUUUCUGUGCCUUGUACAUCUCAAAGGUCACUUUUUUCUCCCUACUCACUAUUUGAACUACAUUUAUUUUAAAAUCAUAUAAAAGUAAUAUAGAAUCUCAAAUGUCUGAUACAUGGUCAAUCUAAGUAUUCAUAUGAUUUCAUCUGUUGAACCAAUGACCUGUGUAAUGGUUUAAAAAUAAUGCUUAAUCAAUUAUAUUUGACAAUCAUUAAUGCCAUCUAGAUUAGCAACAGCAACAAAGCACUUUAUACCUGAACAAUGCAAACUGUAUGUAAGCCAUAGACAUACAUGUCUAACCAAAGGGCUGUGAAGAACAGCUUUUAAUGGAAUACUGCACAUUUCCAUAGCGUAUUUACAGAUUUGAUAUUCUUAAAAUUCUGUCUUGCUGUGAUUUGGAUGCUAAGUCUUUUCCAAUACAGCCAUCUGAGUCAGGAUGCACCAUGAAUGAUGUUAACAUGUGAAUAAAGACACUGUGACAUCAC